GAGCGGAGCGGAGCGGGGACACCAGCGGGGCGUGGGGACACCUGCACAGGGGGUGUGCUGCAGCUGUGGGAUCUGUCUGAGCUCUGCCUUGCCCAGGCCUGGUUUGCUCUCUGCUGCCAGCAUGGCAGCAUCACUUCGAGCUGUGCAGUCCAGCUGCCUGCGGAUGCGCUCAGUGGCAAGCUGCAAGCAGGCUCUGCUGCAGAGUGAAGCUGUGGGCCAUGCUUGCCAUAAAUCUACCUACUCUGUUCUCCCUGAAGACUACAACUGCAAAGUGGAGCUGGCAGUGACAUCAGAUCUGAAGACAAUUGUCUGCUACCACCCUUCACUGGAGAUUCCAUAUGAGCAUACAAAGCCCAUCCCAAGGCCAGACCCAGUGGACAAUAAAGAGGAAAGCCUUGAUCAAGUCCUGAAAGCUCGACUGAACGCAGAUGAGCUGAAGAACAGCACAGGUCCCACGAUGGAAGAGCUCAGCAAAAUGUUCUACACCACAAAGCAUCGCUGGUACCCUGUGGGGCAGUACCACAGAAGACGCAGGAAUCUGAAUCCUCCUAAAGACCGCUAGUUGAGAGGACUUCCUGGCAGCACUCUGCUCUCCCACCUGACUGGAAAUAAAACCCAGAGAGAUUUGGCA